AUGUCUCAGCAGAAGCAGAAGCAGUGUGCUCCCCCAAAGCAGUGCUGUCCCCCACCUCAGCAGUGCUGUCCCCCACCUCAGCAGUGCUGCCCCCCACCUCAGCAGUGCUGUCCUCCACCUCAGCAGUGCUGUCCCCCACCUCAGCAGUGCUGUCCCCCACCCCAGCAGUGCUGUCCCCCACCAAAGCAGUGCUGCCCCCCACCACAGCAGUGCUGUCCCCCACCAAAACAGCCCUGUCCCCCACCAAAGCAGUGCCGCCCUCCACCCCACCCCUGCAAGUCCAAUCCAGAAUGUCUCAGCAGAAGCAGAAGCAGUGUGCUCCCCCCAAACCCAGCAGUGCUGUCCCCCACCAAAGCAGUGCUGCCCCCCACCACAGCAGUGCUGUCCCCCACCAAAACAGCCCUGUCCCCCACCAAAGCAGUGCUGCCCUCCACCCCAGCAGUGCUGCCCCCCACCCCAGCAGACCAAGCAGGCUUGCCAGCCUCCACCCAAAUGCCAGGAGCCUUGUGCCCCCAAGUGCCAGAAGUCCAAGCAGAAAUAAGUCUGGAAUGGACGACCAGAGGUGAACCCCUAGAGCAUGACAUCCCUUUUGGGUCCCCUCCUUCAUCAGUCAAGCUUUGA